AGGAAGAGUUAGCUAACGUUACAUGUAUUACUAUAGCAUUUCGCAGUUAUGUUGUCAGCUUCUGUGUAUCAUUCUUGCAUAUAAGUGCACUUUCAGUUUCAAAACAAAUUGUGAAUUAGCUACAAAAGCUAGCAAUAGGAAGGCUAGGUAACAGCCUUACUAAUUUAGGUGCACUAUAGAGACAGCUAAAUUACCUCGCCACUUCGAUCACAACUAGUCUUAGGCACAAGUAAGCCACCGAUGUUUGGGGACUAUGAAGCGCAGAGGCACUGGCAAGAAGUAACAUAUAACCUCCCAGUUCAUCAAUGGUACUUCAAUACCACUGACAACAACUUGAAUUACUGGGGACUGGAUUAUCCUCCACUAACAGCCUUUCAUAGUCUUCUCUGUGCCCACAUAGCUCAACUGAUAAAUCCUGAAUGGGUUGAGCUACAUAAGUCUCAGGGGUACGAGAGCCCUGCCCACAAGCUCUUCAUGAGAGCAACUGUUAUUUUUGCAGAUAUUUUAAUAUACAUUCCAGCAGUUGUCGUCUACUGUUUGUACCUCACGGAUGGAUCUACAAGAAGGAAGAUUUCAACAUUGCUGUGCAUCCUGCUCUAUCCAGGACUCAUUCUCAUUGACCACGGACACUUUCAGUACAACAGUGUGAGCCUGGGUCUGGCGCUUUGGGGGGUACUAGGUCUAGGCCUGGGCUGGGACCUGCUGGGCACUCUGGCCUUCACCCUGGCACUCAACUACAAGCAGAUGGAGCUCUACCACUCUCUGCCCUUCUUCUGCUACCUGCUGGGCAAGUGUGCCAAGAAGGGCCUGACACACAAAGGGUUGAUCCUGCUUUUGAAGAUCUCAGUGACGGUUGUUGCGACCUUCGCCCUGUGCUGGCUGCCCUUCCUGUCUGAUCCCCAGCAGUCCCUGCAAGUGCUACGCCGGCUGUUUCCUGUGGGCCGUGGCCUGUUUGAGGAUAAAGUGGCCAACACGUGGUGCAGCUUGAAUGUCCUGAUAAAGAUCAGAGCCCAGCUGUCCCCUGAAACACAGUUAUACCUCAGUUUUGCUGCCACACUUCUGGCUGUCAUACCUUCAUCUCUGAAGCUGUUGAUGAACCCCACAUUCUGGCAAUUCAAACUUGCCCUGGUGAACUCGUCGCUGGCCUUUUUUCUAUUUUCCUUUCAGGUUCAUGAAAAAUCAAUCCUCCUGGUUGCAUGUCCCGUUUGCCUCCUGAUUAACGAAAUCCCACUGAUGGCAAUUUGGUUUCUACUUGCCUCUACCUUUAGCAUGCUCCCCCUGCUCCUGAAGGACGGCCUGCUCCUGCCCUAUGCCGUCACCUCCCUGGCCUUCCUCUUCCUCUGCCUGUACCUGCUCUCCGCCCUGGACCGUGCCACCGAGGAAGUCCUGAGGGUCGGCCCGUACGUGCGUCUGUACAGGACCUGCUUCCCCAGAAUAAACAUCCCCGCAAUCAUCAAGUGGAAAUUUGCUUUCUUCCUUCUCGCCAUGGCUGGCUUGAGUUUUACGAGCGUUGCGCUGGACCCUCCAGCUAACCUGCCUGAUUUGUUUCCUGUCCUGGUGUCUCUGUGCGCCUAUUCCCAGUUCCUGGGCUGUCUGGUAUAUUUCAACGUUGUUCAGCUGAUGGAGUCGCCCGGUGCGGACGAUCGCAAAAAGAUCAAGUGAAAACCUUGAGAAGAACAGAGAAAAAUAAAACAAACGUCUCACUAAUAAAGACUUCAGAACAGAACGCCUUCAACCCGAGACAACUGUGGACAUUGUUGUUUUGUAAUCAUGUCGAUGAAAACCAGAGAAUAUUUUGAUACCAUUAAAAGAACAUUCCUAUAAA